UGCCAUUCCUCCAGUCCAGUUUGCCUGGGCCAAUUCAUCACUGGUUGAGUUUCCAUCGAAUCCGUGGUCCCUGCCGCCCUACUCGAAGCCCAUACAACGCGCUCCUUUCCUGAACUUCCUGGACUGCCCUUGACCCCAACCUUGGUCAAUUCAUCAUCCCGCAUUAGCUGCCCCGAUCUUCCGCAGCGAUGGCUCCCCGUGGGCCCGCGAAAACCCGCGACUAUGACUAUUCAAAUGUUGGCAAAGCCGGAAGGCGUACCGGAAUCACCUUGAAAGAGGGCAAGCGUGAUGAGCAUGGAAUGGAAGACAUUGAAGGGAUGUGGUCAUCCCCUGAAAAUUCACCCUCGCUAGACGAUGGUGCCAAUGACAAGAAUGAGGCCUCGAUUGGAUCCGGCGGUAUGUCAAUGGACGAGGAGAAUGCUCCCGGUCCGGCGGAUUUCCUAAAUAGCGUCAAGAGUGCCCGUGGACCCUAUCACCUUCCUCCUGUUGCGCGCUCUCCCAUGAAGACUGGCCUCACUGGGUCACCAAGGAGAACCCCUGGCUUGCGAUCCUCUCAAAGCCCGCAGCGUGACAUCCUCUCCUCUAGCCCCUCAGAUGGUAAGGGGCUGGGAAGCAUCAGGGGGGAACCACGACAAGACGUAUCUCCUCUGACCAAUCGCUCCGUCAAUACGCCCUCUUAUCAUGCAAAUAGCGUGCGAAACAAAGUCAGCAAAGCGCCCGAACCAGCUAUCGCGGUGGCCUUUUCCGACAGUGAUGCGAACAGUCAGUUCAAUGGCGACGAGAAUGUCGAUGUUUUUGAGCAGAUUCAAAACGACUUUGCCGACGGGUUUGACACCAGUGACAACGUCAUGGGAGGAGAUCAAAGAGAGGAUGUGAAGCAGGAUACUUUGAACCCGGACCCCCAGUCAUCUACACCGGAACCACACCACCAAAGACAGUCGAAAGCUUCUGUCAAACCUCGAAGGAACGCAAGGAACGAGGAGAGCCAAUCCCAGGGAAUUGUGCGGCGCAAUUCAACAGAGGAUCAAGAGUCCUCGAAGAAACGGAAGCGCCCCGGAAGACCCCCAAAGAGCCAAGCCCAAUCCAAUCCCAAGAAUGGUAUCGAAGAGGAGCGACCAUCAAAGAAGUCCAAAGUAUCUAAAAAUACGGUUGACGACCGCAAAACAUCGGGACACCCUCAAUUGGACAAAGUUGUUGAGAAUUACGUCAACCGCACAGGACCUUUGAAGGGACGAAGCUUGUACAUCCUCAAAAGGGAGGCGCCAACCGAUAAUAGCGCUACCCACACCCGAUCAGGACGUGUGUCGGUCAGGCCUCUUGCCUACUGGAGAAAUGAGCGAUGUGUCUACGGCGACGGCGAAGCUGCGGAGGGCCAGCGGUAUCCUCUUUCAACCAUCAAGGAAGUCAUUCGGACAGAAGAACCCGAACAAGAGAAGCGGAAAACAAACAAUCGACGACCCUCCGGAAAGUCGAAAUCGAAGAAGAAACAAUACGAGGACGUGUCGGACAGUGAGGAGUACAUGGAUACCUGGGAAAAGAACGAAGGUGUUUUGCAUGGGUAUGUUAGGCAAUGGGACUCCGAGGUUCAAACUGGCAUAGAAGACGAGGAAGUUGUUGACAUCGCCUAUGCCCCCUCUGGAAUCGAGACCCGAGACGUGAAAGGCUCGAAGUUUCGGUUUGCGAAACUUCUGAGUUCUCCUUUCUUGGGUUCCGGCAUUGUCGAGCUGCCUCCUGGAGGAGUGAAAAAGCCCAAGAAUUCCAAAAAAAUGCACAUGGUGUUCUAUGUUUGCCAUGGCCGAGUGCAGAUAGAUAUAUCUGGUGUACAGUUUAGUGCAGGGAAAGGCUGUGUAUUCCAAGUCCCACGCGGCAACUAUUACAGCUUUGCAAACACACAUGGCAAAGACGCUCGAUUGUUCUUCACACAGGGUUGUGUUCCUACAGAUAAGGACGACUCUGCUCCUGGGUCAGCGUCUAAGCUAGGGACCAUGGAGGGAGAAUCUACUACGCCAAUGACCCGUUCCACGGGUGUUGGAAAAGGCCGGCCAAAGGGCAAGCAGAAGACCGGAAAUAGCUCGAAACAUGCUUGAAUGAGCCCAUGCAAAAGGCUCCCCUUCCUUAUUUACACUCGCAGCGGUUAGUAGUUGGUAUCGUGGUUAUUGCCCCUAAUUUUCCAUGUGAAACCAAGUUGAUGUCCAUUAUGGGGUCUUCUCAAUUCUAGCGAUUAUGUUACGCGGUCAUUGGGUCAUUGGUGUUUUCCUUUUUUUUUUUCUUUUCUUUUUUUUAUUGGGUUCUCCUUCCUUCAUCGUCAUCACCAUCACCAAUAUCACCAUUAUCUCUCCCUCUCUCCCUCUUUCCCCCGCCCAUUUUGAAAUGUAUCUUAAAGUCCCUAAAGGCAUGGACUGAUCCACGCCGAUGCAUUUU